GUGGCGUUCUCCGGCCCCGAUCACCUCAAGCGCUCUGACGCGCCUUGUGCCACGACCACCUGUGCGCGGCUGCAGGUUCGGUCGCUGUCUACCAUGUCCGCUUUCGCCACGCCGGCCAAGUCUCGUGUCAACACCCUUGCACAAGGUUAUGAUUCUACUCCACGACGCUCGAAUUCGGGUCUCUUACGCACGACCGCGCCCGGGACACCGCAGCGCAUGAAUCCCAAUGCUGCAGCGCAACUCCCUCCAUCUCUUGAGAGUCUAGGACCGGUUACGAUCUCGAGGCUGCAAGGACUGUACUCGGACUUCACACAGAAGAAGCAUACGAAUCUGGCGUCGUAUAACGCGAACGUGGAGUGGUGGAGGAAAGCGCUAGAGACACAUGUCUCGAGCGGGAGUGCAUCAGGGAGCACCGAAGCGCUCGCGUCUGCCUCAGCUACUUCUGGCAGCAGACUGGUAUUGCAGGCGAACAGGCAACUCAUUGACGCCAUGCGCGUCGAGGGCGUCGGCAAGCCUGCGGCGCUCGGCGAAGUUAUCACGAACCUCGUCACCAAUCGGACAUUGAUACCACUCUCUACAUUCCUCACCUCUACGCAAUCCAUCUAUCCUAGUUCCUCCUGGAUACCCUCUCCCACCACCGUCGCCACAUAUGUUGUCGGCAAGCCUCUCUGGUGGGCUAUGGAGCAACUCGGCAUCGUUGGAGAGGACUCUAUCGUGCACUCCAUUACCUCCCGCGUCUCAGGCUCAGCAACACAAAGCUGGUACGGGGACUACGUCUUCCUAAGCCUGCCUGAAAAGGCAGCAGCGGCGGUUCUGGAAGAGGAGAAGGGAGAUGGGGCUAGCGAUGGACUGUACAGUGUGCUUGGUUUCAGGCGGAGGUUUGGGGAGGUCGUGGCCGGGGAAGGGCAGAUUAUUGGAGAGAGGGACGCGGAAAUUCUAUUGAAGUUCAUGCAGAGGGAUAAGGGAGUGUUGGUAGCGGAUUUGAAGCAGGACGUGGUGAAGUUCACGGACCCGUCGACCUCACCAGCCGAGCGCACCAUUACAGCCGUUGACAAGGGUGUGAUAGAGCUGCGCACAGCCAUCGAAUCACUAAACUCGCAGAUAUCCGCAUUGCAGGCGCGGAUGGAUGAGUGCACCUCCAAAGCGAAGGACGCAUUACGCAAGGGCCAAAAGACGGUCGCGACAACGUACUUGCGCACGAAGAGGCACCUCGAGGAGGUGCUCAACCGACGACUGGGCAGCCUGACCACCUUGGAGGGCACCCUCAUCAGCGUUGAAAGCGCGCGGGGCGAUGUCGAGAUCAUGAAAUCCUACAGCCUCAGCACUGCGACCCUCCGCUCCAUCCUCUCCCACCCCUCCCUUCAACGCGAGGAGGUCGAGAAGACGAUGGACGCACUGGCGGAGGCGAACAUGGACGCGCGCGAGAUUAGCGAGACAGUGAAUGUCAAUGUCGACAGCGCGGUCGGCGCGGAUGCGGUGGACGAAGACUUGGUGGAGGACGAGUUGGCGGCGUUGAUAAGAGAGUCGGAGGCGGAGAGCAGGGCGAAGGAGGAGGCAGGGAAGAAGGCGAAGGAGGAAGAGAAGGAGAAGGCAGAGGCAGAGGAGACGAGGCAGCAGCUGGAGAAGGCGGGUGCUGUACCAGAGGGCGUUCAGCAGCCAGAGCAGGCGAAGGAGAGAGCUGCGGAACUCUGAUAGACGGUGGCCAUAAUUGUUGAUACGCUCGGGAUUCGGACACAUUGACCCAUGGUUGCCUAUCAUGCGCAUCUUCUCACUUGUACACUACUCAAUGCUGCAUACGAUGUCUCCGUGGUUCUGCU